CCCGUUGUUUGGCGUCGCUCCGCCAGUCAAGGUCGAUUUCCAUCUCUUUUGGUCGAGUUCGGAAGGCCUGCACCUCGUGGAUGUGCGUCGAGGUGCUCUUUGGAAUAGGACGGGCGUGUCCAUGCACGAUCCAGCGGAUCCGACCACUUUCGAUGACCUGGUCGCGGAAGUAGACCUCGUUGUGCCAGUCAGCCGAAAUCUCGUCAAGGGCCGCAAGCCAACAUUCGAUCUAUUCCUCGUCAUGACGCCGCACGGUCUCGCGCCAGAAGCGCUGCUGAACUCGCCAACAAUGCUAGAUCCACGGUUUGUCUUUACCGUUCAACCGGCGAUCGUCAUGCGACAGCCCAUCCUCCGACAGCGAUCGAAUCUGUUGUCUGGGAACGCCUCGCGCAUUCUGCCGUCCAAUUUGUAUGCGUCGUCCGAGGAAGUCAAGGUCAGCACCUCGGCAACAGCCCACUGGACGACAGAUAUGGUUGUUCGAAUCGUUCCCGACUCGUUUGCGCGCAGCCUGCCUGCCAACAACGUGCCCGAUGAUUUGCGUCCAUUUGUGCGGCGAUUCUCCUCGGGCUAUCAGCCAAUCAUCCGUGCAGAAGGUGGACACAUCGUCACCGAGCGCCUGUUGCCAAUCCAGCAGGUAGCGCAGCGGCAAGAUGAACUGGCCCAGCAAGCGGCCGCGAAUGCCACAUACGGAUCAUCACCAUCUGGCUCUUCCAACGCGACGAGUAGCGACUCUAAAGCAUCAGCACAAAGCCAAAGGCCUCUGCAACAGCCCAUUCGCUUGCCUCUCACGCUUACCAUUAAGCGCACCUCGUUCUUUGCUUUCCGCCUGUCGGCACUCCUCGAGGCCUCAAUGAGCCUGAUUGCGACUCAGUUGGGGUUUUCCGACAAGGAUUUGGACGAACUGUCUCGCCUGAUUGCUCAGAUGCACGUCAGCUUGAUUGCCAUCACACUUUUGCACUCGGUGUUUGAGUUUCUGGCGUUUCGCAAUGACGUGCGGUUUUGGAAGACGCGCCGGAAUCUCGCUGGACUGUCGUCAACGACCGUGUAUUCGUCGUUUAUCUGCCAGUUCAUCAUCUUUCUGUCGUUGCUCGAUUCGCACGAAACGAGCGCCAUCAUUCUUUUCUUUUCGGGCGUUGGCCUUUUGAUUGAAGGCUGGAAGGCUUGGCGCGCCUUCCAUCUGAGUCGUCUGAGGGAUGCUGCGACUGUUGCUUCUGAUGCUGUUGCUGCGACUCCUGCUGCUACAGGUGCCUUGGCAAACUCAACCUCAACGUUGACAUCCUCUACGCCCGAGCAUGCGCAAUCGCCUCGGGAAAAACGACAACAAGCCAUCCGCGACUUUGAGGCGUUGACGCGGCAGUACGACCGCGAAGCCAUCCGCGGGUUGUCUUGGGUCUUGUACCCAACGGUGGUGCUGUAUGCCGCAUAUUCCCUGUACCACUACGAGCACGCCAGUUGGUACUCGUGGAUUGUGAGCUCGCUCGCGAACGGCGUUUAUGUCUUUGGCUUUAUCGCCAUGACCCCGCAGCUCUACAUCAACUACCGCCUCAAGUCGGUCUCGCACAUGCCCUGGCGGGUGUUCAUGUACCGCGCCUUCAACACGUUCAUUGACGACGUGUUUGCGUUUGCCAUCACGAUGCCGCUGCGCCACCGAAUCGCCUGCCUCCGCGACGACUUUGUGUUUAUCGUCUACCUAGGCCAGCGUUGGUUUUAUCCCGUGGACGCCAAGCGUUCCAUUUACGAUGCGAGCACAUACGCGGAUGAAGAGGAUGGCGACAGCGACGAAACAUCAGCGGACACUCUUGUCCAACCUGAACCAGCACCCUCAGCAAGCAUUGCAGAACCACAACCGUCUGUUGAAACCCCGCCCAGUACAACUGUCCGUCAACGCAAGGGAAAACCCAGCAAGUCGGCCAAAACGCCCCGAGAAGAGUCAGAAGAUCCAAAAAAUGUGUAAUAAUCAGAUGAUCAAAAAUAGCGUGUAUUGUUUGUGCAAAAAAAGAAAUAAUCGAAUCUCA